UUUUAGUUAGUUCUUGCGCAUUGGAAGACAGAAAAGGAAGUAGUCGCGGGUAGGCGGAACAUUUGUCAAGAAAAAAAGACUGACAGGUUUGCUACUUCCGACGGUUCUGUAAAGCUACCAGCCGCUGGAGAGAAGCCACAAUGGCGUCAGUGUUUUCGGCAUAGUAACAGGGGUUAGAUCUGUUUAAAAUCCGCUUCCAUCGCCCUAAAAACGGGAGAGAUAGAUUCCCUGGGCUAUUAUAACAAAACUAGAACAAUUACCGCACAAAUAUGUACAGCCAUUUGAGACCAAAAGCAAUUAAAUAGAGGAAAAUUAAGGAUAUAAAGUUCAUAAACUGAAAAUCAAGUUUCAUUUUCUGUUUUAAAACCCAGUGCUGUUUGGAUUCCAAGUAUUUCUGUGUUUGGACUCCAAAAUCAUAAACUGAAGGGAUAAAGUACUUACUUUUAAAUCUGGAAGUGGCUUCAGAACACAAAAUUUCUGAGUAUAUUUGGAUCUAAACAUAAAACUCAAAGGACGUAGAGCGCACCGCAUAGUGUGCCCUACAGAUGAACAACGUUCGUUUGAACUGUUGUGCAAUCUAUUUUCAGUGUAGGAAUAAAAGAAAGAGAAGAUGAUGUGAAUGUUUUUAAAAAGAAGAGGGCUUUUUUUGUUUUGGUUUGCGCAGCCCUUUCUGCAGCAUUAAGGAAUGCCAAACUCAGAGAGACAUGGGAGUAAGAAGGAUGGAGGAGGGUCAGGCUCCUUGCAGCAGAGCAGCAACAGCAGCACUUCAAACAGCAGAGACAGACAUAGGCCUUCCUCUAAGCACAAGAAACACAAAUCUAAGCACUCCAAAGACUCACCAGUUAUUCAGGAGCCACCACCAACAGUGAAUGUUCUUAAGCCAUUGGUGGAAUAUGAUGAUAUAAGUUCAGAUUCUGAUACUUUCUCUGAUGGUCUUGCAGUUACUUUGGAGAAAAAGGAACAUGAAGAAAAAAAAAGCGCAGAUAAGAAUGAAAAAACACACAGACAUCGGCAUACCCAUAAGCGACCCAAAGAAUCUCAUAAGGUUAAACAGGUUGAAAAGGAAAGGAAACCAGACAAAAAUUUGGAGAAUGCUGGUAAAUCUGGGGUAAGUAAGGAUAAGGACCGAUCAUCUGGGUCUUCAAAGCGACAAACAGCGGAUUAUGAUGACCAUGGGAAAAAGGACUAUGUGUCGCAGUCUUCGUCAAAAACUAGUAGCCGGGAUUCCAAGCUGACGAAAAUACACAAAGAAAAGAGCAGGAGGGACAGGGAUGUAAAAUCUGGACAGAAGGACCGUCUAAAAAGUCACAGAAAAAACAAGGACCCAGUAAAAAGUUACAAAAGUUCAGACAGUCCCAGAAGGAGAUCUAGGAGUCCUCAUCGAAAGCGGUCUGUCAGUCCAAGAAGAGACGAUAGUCCUGUUGCAGCUUAUGGUUUGGACUAUGACGUAAGCCCUUCAAGGUCUCAUACAUCUAGUAACUAUGAUUCUUAUAAAAGGAGUCCUAUGGUAUCUUCCCGUAGGCAGUCUUUGAGCCCAGUGUACAAGGAGCCUGCUGCUUAUCAAAGCAGUACUCGGUCACCCAGUCCGUACAAUAGAAGGCAAAGGUCUGUCAGUCCUUAUAGCAGGCGGCGUUCUUCCAGUUAUGAUAGAGCCAGUGGAAGGUCGCCUAGUCCUUACAGCAGACGGCGUUCGGAUAGCCCGUAUAAGCGAUCACGAAGUAGAAGUCCUUUAUCAAGCUCUUUAUCCAGAUACGAAAACCUCUCACAUUUCCGAAGGAAACCUGCAAAAUCCCGAAGCCGAAGUCCUGUGUACUCCAGGCAUGCAUUAUCCCACAGCAGAAAGCCACGAGCCAGUUCCACUAGUCGUCAUUCCAGUACAUCACCCAGCAAGUUGCAGUUCAACUCCAGCCUUGGAGCAGAGCUAAGCAGAAAGAAAAAGGAGCGUGCUGCUGCAGCUGCGAAGCUGGAUGGGAAAGACACAAAAAACUCACCACUUUUACAGUCCAAGAAGGAAAACAGCACAAUUGAAUCCAAAGUGGCAGUUACGGACAAUAAAAAAGUAACGAAAACAGUUAAAACUGAAAAGCCUGCGUCGGACACAGACCUCACCAAUUCUUUGCAUUUAAAUACUGAGGAUAAAACUGUUGCAGCUGUUGAAAAUAAAACUGUUUUGGAAACUGUAAAGAAUGAAGAAAAUACUGAAAAAGUGUCUGCAACCCCUGUGCAAGAAUCAAGACCUUUGGAAGAGGAGAUCAAAGAGCCUGAGCCAGUGGUUGAGGAGGUGAACAAAGAGACUGAGGACACCUCACUACAACCACAAAUUGCUUCUCCCCCUCCACCUUUGCCGAACUCAACUCCCCCUCCCCAGACGCCACCUUUGCCUCCACCACCUCCGACUUCUCUACCUCACCUGCAAGGUGCACCACCACCCUCUGUUUCACCACGUCCAUCUCCCACACAGCCUACGUCUGCACAAGCACUUCCUUCAGUUUCUGCUCCUUUAUCAGCACUACCACCUCCACCACCUCCACCUCCUCCACCAUCAUCUACUCAGACAAAAACUUCUUUGUUGCAGUUCUCAUCUAAGGCAAACUCUCAGUCAUCUUUUCAGUCUCCUGCAAAGGCUCAGACAUAUCCAUCAUCUUUUUUGCCACAUCUGAAAACCUCUACGUUACCUCCACUGCCACUUCCUCCAAUUUUGCCAGGAGAUGAUGAGUUGGACAGUCCAAAGAAAACUCCCCCUUCAAAGCCAGUGAAAAAAACAAAGGAGAGAGAGCAGAGACCUUGUCGUUUACUGGCUGACCUCCCACUGCCUCCUCAGCUUGUUGGGGAAGAACCAUCGCCACCUCCAUCACCAGAACGUAAGAUAGUGAUUCUACCACAGCCAACACUAAAAAAGAGACCCAGAAUUUGCUGCCCUCGUUAUGGUGAAAGAAUGCAAUCAGAAAGUGACUGGGGAAAGCGUUGUGUUGAUAAAUUUGACAUCAUUGGUAUUAUUGGCGAAGGAACUUACGGUCAAGUGUACAAAGCCAAGGACAAGGAUACAGAUGAACUGGUAGCUCUGAAGAAGGUGCGACUAGACAAUGAAAAAGAGGGGUUUCCUAUCACUGCUAUACGUGAGAUUAAAAUCCUCCGUCAGCUAAAUCACCCCAGUGUUGUCAACAUGAAGGAAAUCGUGACAGAUAAACAAGAUGCUUUGGAUUUUAAAAAGGACAAAGGUGCUUUUUACUUGGUGUUUGAGUACAUGGACCAUGACCUUAUGGGACUUUUAGAGUCUGGCCUAGUGCAGUUCACUGAGAACCACAUCAAGUCAUUCAUGAAGCAGUUGAUGGAAGGGCUGGACUACUGCCACAAGAAAAAUUUCCUUCAUCGAGAUAUCAAAUGUUCUAACAUCUUGCUUAAUAACAGUGGUCGGAUCAAAUUGGCUGAUUUUGGACUUGCCCGGUUGUACAAUUCUGAGGAGAGCCGUCCAUACACAAAUAAGGUUAUUACACUGUGGUAUCGACCACCUGAACUGCUGUUAGGAGAGGAGCGUUACUCACCUGCCAUAGAUGUGUGGAGUUGUGGGUGUAUUCUUGGAGAACUUUUUACUAGGAGACCUAUUUUUCAAGCCAACCAAGAACUGCUUCAGUUAGAGUUAAUCAGCCGAUUGUGUGGUAGUCCUUGUCCAGCAGUCUGGCCUGAUGUAAUCAAGUUGCCAUACUUCAACACUAUGAAACCAAAGAAGCAGUAUCGUCGGCGACUGCGAGAGGAGUUUGCAACCUUACCUCCUCCUGCUCUUGAUCUACUAGAUCACAUGCUUACUCUCGAUCCCAGCAAACGCUGCACAGCUGAGCAAGCUAUUCAUAGUGAGUUCCUGAGAGAUGUUGACCCCAGCAAAAUGGCUACUCCAAAUCUUCCAUACUGGCAAGACUGCCAUGAGCUUUGGAGUAAGAAGCGACGAAGGCAACGCCAAAGUGGGAUUGUGGAGGAGCCCCCACCCUCAAAGAUUGCUCGUAAAGAUCCUGUAUCUGGAACUGGUGCAGAGAGUAGCACUGUAACCAGCCCACAACGUGCUCCACCACCGCAGGCACAAAAGCAGACCACAGAGGGAAGUGUAGGAGGCUUUGGAGACAUUACCAGCCAGCUGAAUCCAAAUGAAUUAGCUGUUUUACUAAAGCUGCUUCAGAGUCAGAAUGACCUCAGUCAUCCAUUGAUGGCACAGUUACUAAAUGCAAACUCUAACCCAGAGGCAAGGCAGCAGUGGGAGACCCUCAGUCAGUCUGUCACAAAUUUAACAGAAGCUGCCAGUACUCAGCAGGACUCUCAGAAUCAGGUAACAGUGGCAGUUGCUCCUACAUCUGUGACUCUAACUACACUGGCAGCAGAAGCAGCAGUCAGUACAAAAGAACCAGCUGCUGUCCUUCAGUCUUUACUUGCAUCUGAGCGGCCAGUGGUGGAGCAUCCCGGCAGUGAGGAAGAUGUGCAGAAUGUGCUGGCUGUCCUCUUGAGCCAGUUUAUCAAACCACCUGAAGCUGCCAUUGUAGCCAAGGAGAGUGAUGGUGAGAGAAGCGAUGUACAACACCAGCACCAAAAACAUGAAGAACAGGAAAAGACAGCUGCAGCGUUUUCUGACAAUAUUGCAGAUGGUGCUAAUACAGAUGAUAUGUCUGCAUCAUGUCCUGCUUCGGCUUUCACUCUGGAGAGACCACUUGAACCCCAUCAACCCCCAUCAUCCCUGCCUGAGAGGGACUUUGCAGACUCUUCCCAGGACCUCAGUCCAGCAGUUACAGCUGCUCUUUUUCAACUGCUGGCCCAACAGGACAGUAAGCAGCAGAGUAACAUAAAACAAGGAUGUCAGACCUCAAGACUGAUUGAUUAUAACAGAGCACAUUCAUCUAGGACGUACAGUGCAGAGGAUUCAGGAGGCAAACUCAGAAUUGCUGAAGAGACAGAUUCCACCUGUACUCUGUUGGAACCACCACAGCAUUCUCUGGGGAAAUCUGUAUUAUUUUCCAGUGCAGUGAGCCACCUUGGAGAAACAAGUAGUUAUCAGGGAACAGGUUCAAUGCAAUUUCCUGGGGAUCAAGACCUCCGGUUCUCCAGAAUUCCUGCAGCACCUCAUGUAUUGUUGGGUAUUUCUACUGUGACUUCUGAUAGAACCAGUAACGCAUCUGUGCACCAGGAAGUCAGAACUCAGAACUUCAUUGAAAUGGGGCAUGCAGGAGUUGGCCCCAGCAGUGCAGGGACAGGACAAAGCUGGGUUUCUUCACCACAGACUGCUGCAUAUGGAAAUAGCUACAGGGGACCGAGUAAAACGCUACCAAGAGGGGGAGGAGGUCGGGGUGUCCCUUUUUAGUUCGUACAGCUGACUGUAUUGUGUUUUCUUCUCUUCCCCCUCAGCACAUGAAAUAAAGUACCAGGGUUUCAUCUACGCAUGACUUUUGGAGGUAUCAGCGGUGUAAGUUUCACCCUUUGCUAAAGGGUGAUUUCCUAAUACAGUCUUUUAAACGUUAUUAGCAAGAUAGAUUGUCUUACACAGCAGUGUCUGUUAAGAGCAGUCAGACAGUGGUGGUCAGCAGAUGAAAAUGCUAUCUCUACCUGUGAGUGGUACCAGAAUAGCUCUUGGUAUAGUCUUGGGCAAGGGAGGGGUGUUUAUUUGCUCAGUUUUUACACUUCUUAGGCACUGAAUGCAAAGUAAGCUGAGCUGAAGCCCAGGGUUCCACAAAACUGAAUCUAGAGCAGUACAUAAAUACAGAAAACACCCAAGCUCUCUUGGUCGCAGUUGUAACCCACUAUUGAACUUCAAGGGAGCUAUUUAAAAGGGUGCCUAGCAACAAUACCACAACUCUGUUCAGUGUGGAUUAUGCUGGGCAUUUAAUGGACUAAAACAGUUACUACUUUUUUUUUUUUUUUUUUUUUUAACUUGGUGAGCUUGGUGAUUAAGAAAUAGCUGACAGGUUAAGGGCAUAUAGGGCUCAAGGUGCAUUUUGGAGGUACAAAGCAGACAUUCUGAUGCUCAAUCUUAGAGUCAGAGAAUUCAGACAAAUAAUUUAAAAACUAUUUAAGAAGAACGCUUAGUAGCUGGAGUUUGUUUUCCAUUGUGGAAGGAUAGAAUAAUGGCGUAUUAUACAUGCUGUGCUAUCACAGGUCUUUUAUCAUUCCAUCUCUUUGCUGCUGUUAAAAAAAACAGCCAGUAGUAUUACCUCUACUGAAACUUAAUAGGCUGGUUAUAAUUUCUGAAUGUAUAAUGAUGAGAUUUCUUCUGGGGAAACAUGCUUCAUUCCAGAAUAUUUGACAAAGGAGAGAGGACCCUACAGUAUUGAUGUGUAGAGUAUUGCAGUAAAAUGGGCCAUAUGCGUUGUUGUAACUGAAUGAAUGGUUAUUUUAUUUUUUAUAGCAGUGCACACACAAGUGGUUGGUGCCAGGAGAGCCCCCCCAAAUAUCUUUGAAACACAGUUUCAGGCAACUGUCAGUUUAUGUAGAUAAAGCCAUGGGGUGAAGAUGUACUUAUUUUCUUAAAUAAGUGGAGUAUUACAAACUUUUAGUGAACCGUGGGAGGCUGGGGGCAUGUUUGCAGUUUUGAUUGUAAAUCUUUUUUUAAACUACAAGGCCAUGCCUGCGAGGACAAAAUACUGUAUGCAAAGUGCACUAAUAAAAUUUCUGUCAUUUUUAUUGAAACUGCAUCAUUCAUCUUUAGUCUCCAGUCAGACGGGGAUCCUCGCCUUUUAUAACACAUGUAUUUUUAUGUGUUGUCCCUUUUAUAUACCACCCCCCCUUUUAUUUUUUAUAGAAAAUUUUGACAGUGCUUGCAGCUGCACGUCAGACAUCUUUGUUUUUUUUGUUUGUUUUUUUGCUCAUUAGGAAUGGUUCCAACCUUUUUUUUUUUUUUGUAGCAGUUGUCUUUUUUUUUUUUUUGCUUGAAGGAGCUCAUCAGACACAGUUUUCAAAUGUCCUGGCAUGGAAUAAGCUAAAUGUACAACUUGUAGGAUGCACACACAAUGUCUGCAUUUAUUGCAUUCUGCCUGUAGAGUGGUCAGAUGCCCUUAAUAUGAUUGUCACAAUUUGACACAGAUGCGCAUAGAAAUGUGUGCCCAGAUAUCUUAUCUUGCAGACUGCUGCAGUGCACACUCUCUGCCAGAAUGGUAUUCAUGUAAGCAAGUCAGCUGUUGGGCAGUGAUUCUUCUGUUUAUUGCUUUCAUCUGUUUUUAAAGUCCUGCCUCUGUUCGUUGUCGCUAAAUUAUUUUGUAACAGCAGUACAACAGCCGUUUUCACAUUCUGAUUUUCCCUUCUUACUAAAACUGUUACUAUUUUAGUUUUUGUUACCAGUUUGAAGAACUGGACAGCAUAAAUACAUUGUCCACACCCCCCAGUACUGACAGCUGUGAACUUGCAGAUCAGUUUUUGCCCGGCUUCAUAACAUGUAUAGUUUACUUUCUUGGUGCUUAAGUUACAGUGAUGAUUAGGCUGAAUUCUGAUUGAUAAAUUAAAUUUUGGGUAUCUCUAAAUGAGUACUUCAUCUGGUUUCAGGAGAAACUUACACUAGCCUCCAGCAUGCUUCAGUCAGACAUCCAUAUUACUUCUGCCUUCCCUUCUGCUUUUACAGUCCAGUGUCUGGACUAUACAGAGAUUUCUUUAACACUAGAUUUGAGGACUUUUCAGUUUAGGAGCAGGCAUAGUCUUUAGUUUAAUUUGUAAUGCCUUUUCUUUCUCCUUACUUGUGCAUAACAGCAGUCAUUUGUUGAUCAUCAUCUCACCUCCUGUCCAUCAGUUUAAUUUAAUUUACAAGACGACAGCUACACAGCAUCAGACAACGUGUCAAGAUUUUCCUGUAAGUGUUCUCUGAAUUUGGUUGUAUGUAAUGUUCAGCUGUUGAGAAACUUUAUCUUGUGUGUUAUAAAAACAAAAAAAGUUUUUUUUAAUGCUGUUCAUAUGUUUUAUAAACAGGAUUGUUGCACAGUUGCAAGAUGAUGUAAAUGUACAGUUUAGUCAGUAAGCUCACCACUCGUUCUGUGAAGAAAGGGAGAAGGAACAAAAGUAUUUUUGGACAAGAUUGAGUCAAUUCUUUGACACAUUAACUUUUUAUCUAAACAAUGUAACUGGAAAUCUACAUUUUUCCAUGACAAGGUAAAGGUAAUUGAUCGUUCCCAUUUGAGGAAUUCAUGUGUGUGUUCAGAUGCUAUCAGAAGUCGUCUGUCAAACAGCUGCUAUUUCUCACCACCUCUCUGCUUGAACUUUGUACAGAAAAAGAGUAGUGUCUGGACAUUAAGACCUGGAAUGCUGUAUUAGCAUUGGGUUUUGACAGACAAAAAUAGAUCCUUCUUUGUAAUUUAAGAAGAAUAUUGUUCUUGACAUCUUGGACACCAUUUUUGGUCGUACCUGCGUCUGUGUACAUAUAUUUUGUAAUGUAUAAAAUUUCAGAUUUUUUUCUUCAGUUUAUAAAUUCCAAAGUGGAGAUUGAGAAAUUAAAUAUUUCCUAUAA